AUGGAAACUUAAAUGAAAUCAGAAGUUUUCCGGUAAGACUUGGAAGCCAGGAAGCUCAAUUUUUAUUUCUAAUCUUCUGCAAUUUUUAAGCUUUCCAAGCUUUUGAUUUGAGAUUUUAGAUUGGUUAUUAAUUCUUGUCCUUCUGGAGAAUAGUUAGUCCGCUCCGUUCAAUUCUGCAGCAACUUUAUAGCCAGACAGCCACUGCUGGUCUGCACACAUCGGGUUUUCUAGUUUUCCAGAAUUACACACUUAAUUAGCGCUUUCAAUAUUAUCCGUUGUUUUCCUCCUUGGGAUAUUGUGAGACGUUAGUCUGCCCUUGUGUUUAAGUAUUGUUGCGACUUGCGAGAUACACACGGUGCAACAAAUUCUUGGAUCUAUAUCGAAUCACAGGAUGUGGUUGUUCAGAAGGUUGCUGAUGGCUGUGCCGACGUCAGUGCGACAGGAAGUGAGCGCGACGCAAGUGCAGAAGGAUUUCAUGAAGAAGGCCGAAAACUGGAACCGCGAACGGGUUCUGGCACGCAAGCAGCUGCUGCGAGCGAAUAUCCUGGUCGGAGGGGCGAUAGCCUGCACUGUCCUGGCCAUCUACGGCUACUCCAUGUGGGCCGUCAGUCAGGAAACCUUUCUGGAUGAUCUGAACGAACCGGAAAGGGAAGAAGUGGCUUAGUGCAUUAUUCUUGUUUUUAUCAGUAGUUCGUUCUGCAUUUGUGAUAGGAAUGUUUGCAGUGUUGAUCGCUUUGCUCUUGUACCACAAUAUCCUACUGUCAGCAGUUUACCUUGGAUUAUAACUUUGGAUUCUUCUACUUGUAAUACUAUGCGUAGCAAGUCUAGCUUCUGGAAAUCAUUGUUUCCUACAGUUUUAAUCGAAAGCAGUUAACAGUGAGCAAAUGCU